ACAGGCAGAUUUUAAGACACCUGUUUUAACUGCACUGUUAACUUGCUGCAAGAAGCUGUGUAUGUCGAGUUGGCGUUUUGGCUUAGUAGUGAAGUUAUCGGGAGUAUUAUGAGUUUAUUUCUCAAAUGCAGCGAGAUGUCAGCGCGAAGAGUAAACGCAAUCAUCGUGUUGCUGAUCGGAAUAGUAUUUCUAAUUGUUGUGCAUCGGAAUCUACUAAAUCUGAAUGACUUUGCAAGAACUGAUGUCUCGGACACAGUGCAUGAUGUGUUACCACAUCUGAAGCUGCCGCAGAAAGCUGCACGGAGCGGGGAUGAAGUGCCAGUGCUUAUUACGGCUGUCGAAGACAGACUUGGUGCUUUGGUGGCUGCUAUGAACAGUGUGUACCACAACAGUCAAGCAAAUGUCGUUUUCUACAUUGUAACAACAAAUGACACCGUGGAUCACUUAAAAACCUGGAUAAGCCAAACCAGCCUGAAUGAAAUCAAGUACAGAAUUAUCCCAUUUGAACCACAUAUUCUACACGGGAAAAUUUCCAGUGAUCCAAAUAAAGUCGAGGCAGUGAAGCCAUUGACCUUUGCGCGUUUUUAUGCGGCGACGUUCUUGCCUCAUGCAGAAAAAGCGAUCUAUUUGGACGACGAUGUCAUUGUACAAGGUGACAUCCAGGAGCUGUUUGACACUAAUCUCAGGGCAGGACAUGCAGCUGCAUUCUCAGAUGACUGCGAUUCCGCUUCUUCUAAAGGAAUUGUUCGUGGGGCAGGGACCCAGAUCAACUACAUUGGCUUCCUGGACUUCAAGAAGGACACAAUCAGAAAGCUUGGGAUGCGGGCCAACACAUGCUCGUUCAAUCCCGGAGUCUUUGUUGCCAACCUCACAGAGUGGAGGCUGCAGAACAUCACAGGCCAGCUGGAAAUGUGGAUGAAAAGGAAUGUGGAAGAGGACCUCUACAGCAGGACUCUGGCAGACAGUGUGACCACACCCCCCUUGCUGAUUGUCUUUUACAAACGCCACUCCAGUAUUGACCCCAUGUGGCACGUUCGACACCUUGGAUCUACUGGUGCUGCAAAUCGCUAUUCUUCCCAGUUUCUGAAAGCAGCCAAGCUCUUGCACUGGAAUGGACACUAUAAGCCAUGGGGGAGAGCAUCUUUCACCGACAUCUGGGACAAGUGGUAUGUGCCAGAUCCAACAGGCAAAUUUCACCCCGUUCGAAGGCAUGUGGAGGAUAAGUAAAUCAGCCGCACCUAUUUGGACCAAGCCUGCGUAUCUGUCUUCUCCUAGUACUGUUUUGAUGUCUCAGGAAAACGUACGUAAGAAACCUUUGGAACAUUCUUGUGCAGGAUGACCACGAUGUCCACUAUAUACCUGGUAUAGGUUUUAGUAUUAAGAGCAACAAACAAGCACAAGUGUGAGAAGUUUCCACUGUGGUUUGCGAAGAUUUCAGCCUCUGUCAUUCCUUACACCCCUGUAAUAUUUCUCUGGCAUAUCAAGAUGUCACUUUUGUUUAAUGACUUUUUCGUUCAGCUACACCUCACACUUUCUUCUGCACAUAUUUACUGCACAUAAGAUUCUCAGCACACUAACUCACUGUUCUUAAGGGUUUCAUAUCAUGUUUUGGUAGCUGCUGCUGAGUUUGUUCUGCUAAGAUGCCAGGAUUUUUUUACCACUUGGGCAGUUUCCCCGAUAGUGUUGUGGACUUUCAGGGAAAUAUUCUGUUUGAUACUUUGAGUAUUACUGUAUGUAUGGACAAAAUGCAGCAAGUACCCAUGAUAUUGGCAAUAUUAUUAAAGUUUUUUAAUCAAAC